AUGUCGGAUGAGGAGGACGAGGGGGGAGAAGGGAGGGGGGCGCUGGUGCUGGACAAUGGCUCUUCCAUGUUCAAAGUGGGGCUCGCUGGAGAUGACAACCCUCGCUGCUCCUUUCCUACCAUCGUGGGGCGACCAAGAUUUUCGGGGGCGGGAGAUAAGGCACACUAUGUUGGAGACGACGCCCAGAGAUCAAGAGCCAUCCUCAGUCUGAGCUCCCCCAUCGAGCAUGGCAUCAUCACCAACUGGGACGACAUGGAGAAGAUUUGGCAUCACGCGUUCUAUGAAGAGCUGAGAGUGUCGCCCGAGGAAUAUAACGUCCUGCUGACAGAACCACCGCUAAACCCUAAGGCCAACAAGGAGAAGACCACAGAGAUAAUGUUUGAGAGCUUCCAGACCGCGGGGAUGUACUUGACGCCACAGUCGGUUCUGGCUCUGUAUGCAUCCGGCCGCACGACAGGUUGUGUGUUGGACUCUGGAGGCAGCGUCACUCACACUGUGGCCGUCUACGAGGGCUUCUCUCUGCCGCACACCGUGAGGAGGAUGGAUCUGUCCGGAGCCGACGUCACCGACUUCCUGCAGAAGUUACUCAGAGAAAAAGGAUUCAGCUACGACACUAAAGCUGAGUGGGAGAUAGUGCGCGAUAUAAAAGAGAAACUGUGUCAUGUGUCUCUGGACGUUGAGGAGGAGAUGUCGAAGGUGGAGGAAUCAGGAUGGGAGAAGAGAUACGAGCUGCCCGAUGGAAACGUCAUCAGCAUCGACUACGCGCUUUUCCAGGGUCCUGAGGUGUUGUUCCAGCCCAACCUCAUUGGAAGGGAGGUUGAUGGGAUCCACAGGCAGAUCUUUGACUGCAUCAGUUCAGUGGAUGCUGAUAUUCGCAGUGAGAUGUACAACAUCGUCCUCGCCGGUGGAAACACCUUGUUCCCGGGCAUCUCUGAGCGCCUGAAGAAGGAGCUGACCAACCUCUUUGACUCAAAGUUCCAGGUCUUGGCCCCUCCUGAUCGGAAGUACUCUACGUGGAUCGGCGGCUCCAUUCAGUCCUCUCUGUCCAGCUUCCAGAACAUGUGGAUCACAAAAGAGGAUUACGAAGAAGACGGCUCGGCGAUUGUGCACCGAAAAUGUUUUUAA